UUUUGAGCAAGCAUGUGUGAUCAGCAGCAGCAGCAGCACUCACACUCCUAUUUUAGAUAACUCUGAUAGAGCCUUGAUAUGUUUGAUCAAUGCACAGGCUGGCUACUCCUCUUUGUGCUCUCUCCGAAUGACGCACUGCAGCCCCGAAAAUUCGUUUUCAUGGUCCCGGUGACCCGCGAAUUUUUGAAUGUUCGAAAUGUUGAAAACGUUCUAAACACUCGGCUGUCUCUGUUUUUAGAAAGUCUCUCUCAACAGAUAUUUGUUUGCUUGCCCCCACUUCAUAUUGCCUAGUAAAGACGCUUUGACCCCCCCCCUCCCCUUGACUUGUCAGCUCUCCUCUUGUCUACAUAUACCAACUGGUCAUCAUGUCAGCAGCUAAUAUAGCAGAUUUGUGCUUACCCGGGUAACUCCACACUCUCUCUUUAUUUUUCUCUUUGCACUUGCACACUUGACGUCAUCUGCCUUAAUUUGGGCGUUCUCACUGUUUUUCGUGCACAGAAAAAUAGAAAAAUCAACAUUGUAACUAGCAUUAACUGCUUUAUUUGAACUAGUUUCU